AUGUCCACCGUCGUCCACAACGACAACGCUGCCUGCUGCAGCAUCCCGCCAGUCAAGUCCGACUACACGCCCAAGGGCUCCUUCAAGGCCUACGCCGGAUUCAACAAGGUCUAUGUCACCGGCCAGCCACAGCCCAGCGGUAACGUCGCGCUGAUCUGCGUUUACGACAUCUUCGGCUUCAAGCCCCAGACGCAGCAAGGCGCUGACAUCCUUGCCGACAAGUUGAACGCGCACGUCAUCAUGCCCGACUUCUUCGAGCCCGCGGACGCGUGGCCCGUCGACAAGUUCCCGCCGUCGACGGACGAGGAGAAGACGAAGCUCCAGCAGUUCUUUGGCGGGCCCGCGAACCCGCAGGCGAGCGUCGCGAAGCUGCUGAAGGCCGGCGAGGCGCUCAAGCAGGACGGCGCCAAGUUCGUCGGCGCAUUCGGAUUCUGCUGGGGCGAAGGUAUAGGUGGCAAGGUCACGAUCCUGGCUGGUUCGGCUCCGUCGACAGCUCUGGAUGCAGUCAGUGCUACGCACCCUGCUAUGCUCUCCUCCGCCGAUGUGAACGAGCUCAGGGUCCCUCUUGGUCUCUAUCCGAGUAACGAUGAGCCUCAGGACGAGUACAAGAAGAUCGUCGAAAUCGUCUCCAAGAAGCCGUUCGCCGACAAGAACGACGACAAGUUCUAUGAUACUUUCCAUGGGUUUGCCGCUGCUCGGGCUGACCUGACUGACUCCAAGCAGCAGCAGGACUUCCAGGACCUGUACGCGAGGCUUGUGGGAUUCUUCGGCAAGGCGAGCGGCACGCAUGUGCACUGA